AUGGGUGACAGGCGUGUAAAACGCCGACUGGAAGGUUCGACUGCGUGGUCUCCUGCAGUAUCGGCAUUGCCGGAGAUAAAGUCCCCUGAGGACCUUGAAAAUUAUGCUAUAAAGGAAGAUUGUGUUUUUGUGGCAUUGCGCCCCGAAGAUCAAAAAACCUUUGCCGAGAAGGGUUUUUUUAGGAAACUAGUCAGAAAUUACAAAAAAUCGUUAAAUACCGCUUGUUUAAAGGAUGUUGAGCUUCCGGAUGAUGCAAGGCGCUUCGUCGUGAGCGGUUGGGAAACCCUCAACUCCGAUCUGCAGGCCCUGAUACAGACGAAAGCCAUUGCUUUUCGCAAUUUCACUCACAUCAGAAGAUACGAGGAUUUGUCUUUGGAUGAAUGUUUAAGGUUGCUGGGUGAUUCUCACGGUGUUAUGGUGAGCUUCGAGACGGUGGGUCACAUAGCGCAUUUGAACCUUCCCUCUGAACGCUUGUGGGCAAAACACAUUAUCGCAAAAAUUUUAUUAGACAAGCACAAACACAUCCGAACUGUUGUCAAUAAGGUUAAGGAAGUUGACAACGAAUUUCGAACAAUGGAACUUGAGUUACUGGGUGGUUCCGACGACUUUGUUGCGGUUCAACAUGAGAAUGGGUAUACUUUCAAAAUCGAUUUCCGAAAAGUAUAUUGGAACUCCCGGUUGAUUCGAGAGCGGGAACGCAUAAGUGAAACGUUUAAUAUGGGUGAUGUGGUCGUUGACAUGUUUGCAGGGGUUGGCCCCUUUGCUGUAUACGCUGCUGGCAAGGGAUGUUUGGUGUUUGCGAACGACCUUAACCCAGUGGGUACUCGCUACAUCGAAAUAAAUGCCAAUUUGAACAAGAUUGCUAACAUGGUCUUUCCUUAUAACCUUGAUGCCCGCGAUUUCGUGAAGAACUUUGCGAAUUAUGGGAUCAUGGACAAGGCUGCAACGGCGUUCAGGGAUCAUGUGUUGAAACCUGAGAACAAGGUUCACUUUGUCAUGAAUUUGCCUAAGGACGCCAUAGAAUUUUUGGAUGUUUUGGUUGGACUAGCAAAAGGCGUUUCUUCGGCGAACGUGCGUACAUGUAUGGUCCAUUGUUAUUGCUUCAGCGAUGCGGAGGAUGUCGAGGCCGACAUUGAUGAACGUAUGGCGAAGGUUCUGAAGGAACAUAUUGGAGAGAAGAAAAUUAUCAACGGUCGAGUACGUACUAAGACCGUCAAGCGCGCUGCGCGUCAGAUCGUAGAGAAGUAUUAUGCGAAGCUUGGUUUGGACUUCCACUUCAACAAGAAGGUUGCGGAAGAGGUGGCCCAGAUUCCAUCUAAGCGUAUGCGCAACAAGGUCGCUGGGUUCAUCACUCAUUUGAUGCGUCGCAUCCAAAAGGGUCCUGUUCGUGGCAUUUCGCUGAAGCUCCAGGAGGAAGAGCGUGAACGCCGUAUGGACUUCGUCCCUGAACGUUCUGAGGUGGACGUGCCGCUGAUCCAGGUGGACCAGGACACUGCCGAUAUGUUGAGCUUCCUGAAGCUGAACAUCCCCAACGUUAAGGUGAUCACCGCCAAUAUGCAUGGUGAUGCUAUGCACCAGAGGUUCUGA